ACCACUUCGGCUGUACGAUGUUGGGUGAGUACAGCGAUCUGUACCUCAAAAUCGAUGUGCUGUUGUUGGCGGACGUUUUUGAGAACUUCCGCGACGUGUGCAUGAGGGCGUAUAACCUGGACGCCGCCCAUUAUUUCACCGCCCCAGGCUUAAGUUUCGAUGCGAUGCUUAAAAACACGGGGCAAAAGCUCCAGUUAUUACAUGAUUAUGACAUGCUAUUAAUGUUCGAAAAUGGUCAAUAUGUUAUUUUUAAAAAUGAAUAUAUAUAUAAUAAUCUUAUUUAUUUUUAUAGGUAUACGUGGAGGACUAGUGCGAGUAAGCGAUAUGCGAAGGCGAACAAUGUAAAGACCCCGGGGUAUGACGAAACGAAGAAGAAAUCGUGAAUAAUAUAUCAGGACUGUAAGUAUAUUUUUUUCAAAACUUGUUAAUUUUUUUCUUACUUAAUAAUAUUUUUUAUUUUUAUAGGUAACAACUUGUAUGGGUGGGCAAUGUCCCAGUACAUGCCGUACGGUGGGUUCAACUGGGUUGAACCCACAUUAAACGGGUUAAAUGAUUUAGAUGAUACAUCACCAAUAGGUCGAGUGUAUGAGGUUGAUGUGUCAUAUCCCCCAAGAUUACAUUCAAUCCACAACGACCUCCCCUUCCUGCCGCAAAAUAGUGUGCCGCAUGGUUCAAAGGUAAGGAAGUUGAUGGCCACGUUUGAGAAAAAGGAGAAUUAUAUUAUACAUUAUCGAAACCUGCAGCAGGCGAUUAAGAAUGGAUUAAUAGUAGAAAAAGUUCAUAGGGUUAUUCAGUUUGAUCAGUCAGACUGGUUAGCUAAAUAUAUUGAGUUAAAUACCGAGAUGAGGAAGAGGGCUAGGAAUGAUUUUGCUAAAGAAAUAGACAACAAUUUAAACCCAAAAAAAUCACCAGGCUAUGAUGAUAUUAGUCUAAAAAUACUGAAAGAACUUCCAAAGAAGGCAUUCAUCUUACACACAUAUACAACGCUAUUUUGCGCAUGGAAUACAUUCCAGAACAAUGGAAACGGGCACAAGUUAUCAUGCUACUCAAACCUGGAAAACCACCUGAAAAUGUCGCAUCAUAUCGACCGAUAUCACUCCUUCCAAGUUUAUCUAAACUUUUAGAGAAACUUCUACGCCUAAAACCGAUUAUAGAGGAAAAAAAUCUUAUACCAGAACAUCAGUUUGGAUUUCGCAACAAACAUUCAACAAUCGAUCAAGUACAUCGAGUUACUAAUAUGAUUAAUAAAGCUCUUGAAGAAAAAAAGUACUGCUGUGGAGUAUUCCUUGACGUAGCCCAGGCUUUUGACAGUCUGGCACAAAGGAUUCCUCAUCAAACUACGUGAUCAACUGCCACAUACCUGGUGUGCACUUCUUACUUGACCGACCGUCAAUUUCGAAUCAUACACGAAGAAGCGAUAACAGAAUGGAAAGAUAUAUCAGCUGAAGUACCGCAAGAUAGUGUUUUAGAACCUAUCCUGAACCUAGGUACUCUAUACGGCAGACAUACCAAACACGAUGAUAACAUAACAUUAGCUAUGUUUGCCGAUGAUACGGCAAUUUUGUCAACACGUAAUAGACAGCUCACUGCAACUGAUAACUUACAGAGGUCAAUUCACAAUAUCUUUGCUUGGACAAGACGUUAGAAAAUUAAGAUUAAUGGCGAUAAAUCGGUGGAAGUUACGUUGCGCAAAACCGAAAACAUCCAAAUAGUACUGAAUCAAUCAUCAAUCCCACAAAAAGAUUCAGAAAAAUAUCUUGGAAUGCACCUUGACUCUCGUCUAAACUGGAAACACCACGUCCGUCAGAAAAAAAUUCAGAUUAAAGAAAAAAUGAGAAAACUUUAUUGGUUAGUCGGACCUCACUCCGAGUUAAUCAUCGAAAACAAACGUCUACUGUACGUAGCAAUAAUAAAACCGAUCUGGAUAUAUGGCAUUCAAUUGUGGGGUUGUGCCAGUAAGUUUAACAUCGAUGUAAUACAACGCUGUCAAAACAUUGCCCUUCGGACCAUCACUGCAGCCUAUUGGUUCGAAAAAAACAACGCAAUUCACCGUGAUAUGAUGCUGCCUACAAUAGCAGAUGAAAUCCAAAGGUUUGCUCGCAAACACGAGAUGAGGCUAGAUCACCAUGUCAAUCCAUUGGCCAUCCAACUAUUAGAUAACUCCAAGGACAUCAGACGUCUUAAGCGUCUAAAAACAUACGACUUAGUUUAAGAUUUUAGAUUAAGGCAGGAGGCACUUCAUUAGAAGUGACUCCAUCAACGUGUAAUAUAUAUAUAAUUUAUAUCAAGUAUGUAAAAUAUGUAUAAUUGUCAAACAUAUUUAUAAAGACCUUUGGGUCGUUUAAAUUAUAUAAAGCCUCAGGGCAUUUAAAAAAAAAAAAAAACUAGAAUUAAAUUAACUUAAUCAAUUACAUAUUCAAUUAAGAAAAAUACUUUAACCAUGAGAAUACAUUAUAUUAUCUUACUUUGUUUUACAUAUCUAUUCAAAAAAAAAAAAAAAAAAAACACUAGUAUUAAAAUAAUUUAAUCAAUUACAUAUUCAAUUCAUCUAAUCGACUAUAUUAUCUCACCUUAUUCUACAUAUCCAUUACAAAAAGCAAAAUCCAAUAUCAUCUAUUUAUAAACCUUUAUAGAAAUCUGGUAACACAAAUAAAAUAAAAUUGACAUUAAUAAACUAAUUCAAUUAAAUCUAGCUACUAUGGAAACAAAUCACACAAUAAAUGAAACCAUCAAGUUGCAACAUGCCACUAAGGCAUACUUACAUUAAAUUUAUAAUCAUCAUAAAAUACCUAAAAUAGAAUUAUAGGAACCAUCAGAAUUCAACAUGGUAUUAUUCUAUAUUACAAUAAACUCACAAACAAAACAAUUACAAAACAAAACCAAAACCAACUAAACAUUUAAUUUCAUAAUCACACACACAUCAGUACUUAAAAAACUCGCUAAUCUCAAAACGUAAAAUUUUAUUUAAUUAUUCAAGAAACAGAACAUAACCACACAAAUAAAGAUCAUUCCCAUAGAAACCUAACACGCAGAAACAACAUAUAACUGACCUACCAUAACCCCCAACCUCUGACCACCCAUAUCUUGAUAUACCAUUACUACCAGAUGGGCCAACAAGGCACAUUUUGAUAAAAACUUAUAAAAUCGAAUCCCAAACCCAACAGUUACCUUACAUUAUCUUAAUAUUUCAAAACAUCAUUCUUAAUAUAUAUCAAAAUACAUACCUACUCCAAAUAUCGAUAUUCAAAUCAAUACGAAUAACAUGGACCACCAAAAAAACAAAAACAAGCCCUCUUCAGUCGACCAAGACAAUCCACAGAAAAUACAACAAGCAAAUACCAUGGCUGGAUACACGAGCAGCAAGUUCUUCACACAUUGGUAUAACUCAUCAAUAAUUGAAGAAUACCUAACUACCUUAACCAACGAAAAUCCAACGUCUCAUUUCUUCAGUGUAGAUUUCUUCAAGAAAUAUUACACUAAAGGACUAAUUGGGAUCAAAAGAUGUGUAAAAAAAACCCAUCUUAAACAUGAACACAUUACUAUUUCCCACUAACACGGGAAAUCAUUGGAUCUUGGUGACUAUAUUUCCCAACAACAAAAUGGUGGUGUGCUAUGAUGGGAAGCACAGGAACCACCAAAAUGGUAUAUACUGAACAUAAUCAAAAAAUUCUUAAAAGAUUGGCAAGAACAUUCAGGUGUCCAGCCUUCGGCUUGGACUACAGUUCAUGGCAUCACACCAACGCAAUUCAACAACGACGACUGUGGACCAUGGAUUUCGGCCAAUCAUUUAGUCCAUCAUCCAAUCAAAAACCACCCACAACUGCAAAUACAAAAUUAACAAUCACCCAAAAAACAAUCUCCACCACAACAAUGGACACGAAACGGGAAACACACACAAUAUAAAAUAAAAAGUUUUUAGUAACAAAAAAAAUAGAUUUAGGAAAACAACGUUUUUACACGGUUUAUGGCUUUAUCUAUUUGCCGUUGUGGAGACUGUAAUUUUAGACUUUGUGUAAAUAUCGUUUACUUGAUGUCGACAGUAAUAGUGAUUUUAUAGAACGAGAUAAAAAAAACUAAAAGAAUAUUGCCGAUUGAAUGAUAGUUAUAAAACAAAUCUAAACAGAUAAAAAUCGAAAUAUUGAAGGAAACAAAAUACAUGACGAGUUUUAUAAAAAAUUAUAUAAACACUCCGAUGACAGUCGAUGAUUAUGAAGCCGAUAUUUCGAAUUUCGCCUGUCCGGCAGAAUACACACGUAUAUCGGAUUUAUUAAAAACGAUAUAAAUAUCAAAGUGAUAGGUUCAGACAUAGGAGAACGAUUGAAAAUAUUUACGUUGGAAAAACAAAAAGUGCCGGUUAUUCGGCAAACGCUAGUAAAUACCGACAAAGAUAUCACAGUAUACAAUCUGACGUACGGAUGCGUAUUCCGACGAUAAUUUUACCAGAAAUAGAAAUUAUCAUUACAAAAUUUAUAAAAGAUCGAGCAGAUACCAAUUAUACGUUAAUUACUGGAGAAUUGGAGCUAUUAUGUAUGCUCUAUUGGCAGUGUUGUACAACGGAUUUGAUGGAUUACGAUGAAACAGUUUGUCGAAAAGCCGCCAAAAACGUUUUAUGUAAAAUCGUUCAAACGUUGGCGAAAACUGCACCGGACGUUGUGAAGAAACAUAAAUUAACAAUACAGAUGGAUCAAUUGUUUGUACCAAAACUAUUGAAUUCCAUAAACAUUGAAGACAUUAACCACGUUACGGCAAAAUCUUUGUGUUAUCUAAAAAUACACCUGACUACGUUUUUAACAAUAUAUACAUUAUACAUUAUUUAUUAUAAUGUUAAAUAAAUUUUAUAUUUUCAUAUUUCAGUGUAAUUAACACGGUAACAACAUUAAAACAGCCAAAAACAUUGUCGAAAAUACUAUGGGCGAUGAAUGGACUUGAGGAACGUUUAGACCGGUGUAAAGCUUACCAUUUACCUAUAUUGAAAUGGGAAGAGACUUAUAUCGAUGACAAAAAAAUAAAUCAAUUAUUAAAAACAACCAAUGCGGCAAUUAGCGAAAAACCAGUAGCGCAUUUUUACACUUACACAAAAGUAUAUACGAACGUAUAUACAGUUACAAAACAAAGUAAAAUAAUAACAGUGCCCGAUCAGUCGCGUUUCUGCAGUCAUACUGUUCGGUUGUGCUUUCCGCUUACUCUUAUCGCAGUUACCGUUAUUGUUUUGUAUACAUCGUUAGUGCGGCUUAUUACUAAUUAUGUCGUCGUCUUCGGGCGGCGACUCUCGUGCGGGUAAAUCACCCGCCCCGAACAAAAUAAAACCUACGCUGUCUACCAAUCGUUCCUCGGAUUCCAAAUACACU